CUUAGCGGCGCGUAUUAUGACAAAUCCAAAGCAUAUAAAUCGAUUGGACCGAUAACGCCGUUGGAGUUCUACGAAAAUCAUGUAAAACCAAUAUUUAAUGUGGAACAUAAGGUAUGUUUAGUAAAUGAUCCACGCCCAUCUAGUAUGUACGAUCAAACAUACACAGUUGAUUGCCUCGGCAAUGUCGUGGGUGGUCGCCCAGUGCUUUACAAUAAUCAACAGGUCGAGAAAUUACUGCAGUUGGUUGCUGCAAGCUUAAAAGCCGGUGAAGCCGUUUGGUUUGGUUGUGAAGUCAGUAAACGCUUUGCAUCAAAGCAGGGCAUAGAAGAUUUGAGUGUACAUGACUUCAAGUUAGUGUUUGAUGUUGAUAUUCAGACACCAUUGUCCAAGGCGGAUCGCCUUAUUUUCGGUGAAUCAGCCAUGACGCAUGCCAUGUUAUUCACCGCCGUUUCUCUGGAUGCAAAUGGCGAUGUUACUAAAUUGCGCGUUGAAAAUUCUUGGGAUGAAGACCGUGGUGAAAAAGGUUAUCUAGUUAUGACUGCCGAAUGGUUCAAGGAAUUCGGUUUUGAAGUUGUGAUCGACAAAUCUUUUGUGCUGCCCGAAAUUUUGCAAGUUUUCGAUAUGGAUCCAAUUGUGCUUCCAGCUUGGGACUGUUUUUCAAAGGGCGGUCCUGCGUAGUUUUUCAAAUCUGAA